GCAUGCAAGAAGUGUUUGCAAUUGACUCUCCUGUUUUUAACGCUAAAUGUGCCUUUUAAUAAUAAAUGUAUAUGUCAGUAAAUAUGAAUGUUUAUCAUCGUUCCGGUGAAUGGUACUCGUGUAGCGAUGCAACGACGUGCGUUGGAGCGUCAUACGAAUGUCGAUGUUCAAAAUGUAAUGUUUAUUAUGUCGCAUUAAGUAUGUUGUCGCAGCGGUGCGUGCCAAAAUGUGCCAUUUUGACAGAUCCGUAGACCCUAGCUGCACAGCAGUGCCUCAUUUUAUGCACAAACAAUCCCCAACUCCAUGCAUUGUACGUUUAUUUUUUAUCAACUUUUACGGAAAAUUAUGUUGGGUGGGUGAGCUCCACUAUAUUCAUUCAUAAAGAAAGAAGCCGAGUGACAACGAUCGUCAUUGUGGUGGUCAAAUGGCUCUCCAAUUUCAUGAAACUUGUGCAACCCAGUCGACGACAAAACAUUUGUUCACAUUUAUUUGACCAAAAACGUCGUAGGAUCGAUGUCAUUAAACCUUGACCCUGACUAUUUAGGUCUAGUUGACGUAGCAGUAGUAGACAUAAUUAAUGUUAACAUUGCUGCUACCUGAUACCAGCGUCAAGACAAACAGCAUAGAUGGCGGCACUUCCGGUGAUUUCACAAUAAUAGUCAUAAGCUUUUAGGCCGUUAUGUUUACAAGUAGUAAAAAAUAAAAACAGAAUAUAUCAACCGUCUAUUCCUUAAAUCAAAAAAAUUGAAAUUCACUAAUCUGGUACACCUGCGUGCCUACAAAGCACUGUCAAAUAUUUAGCAUAUCAAUAUGUCGAGUAAAAUUAUGGAGCAGAUUGUGCAACUGAUACAAUGGACUAAAAUGAGCCGGUUUAAUGGAACAUGAUAAACAAUAACAUGGUGUUUAUGAAGGAAGAAGAAUGCUAAAAAACAACUCUGAUACAAUUUAUCCUGAAUUCAUCCAUUUAGUAUUACUCUAAGUAUUUAUUUAAUAUACUAUGUAUUUACCUAUUUUGUGACUACACUGUGUAAUAAUUUUACGACAUGACAUCAUACAUUGUAGUGGACUAAAUACAACGUUAAAAAUAAUAAAAGAUUUUAAAGACAUAUUGUGAAUAUAAGUACGACUUUUCCCACUGUUUUUAAUUUAACAUGAGUUGUACUUUUGAAUUAAUUUGGGACCAGGUGCUUUUAUUUUGACGUCAGGAUGUUCUAACUUCCUGUCAUGUUCUUCCUCUUCCCGACAGCCUCGGCGCACUUUCUUCUCAUGUUUUCCUCGCGGAUGUAUUUAGGGAGGCCCUGUGGUCGCGAGGGUAGUGAUGUGGUUCCGAAGAACCGCGGUGGCGGAGGGAUCUGCGCGACGGCCACAAAGAGCCAAAUCAAGCAAGCAAGCAAGCAAGCAGGCGGGCUGACUAAGCUAGCAGACGUUAGCUAGCUUACGAGUUAGCUAUGGUCGACACUACAAAGUGCCAGAUAAGCUAGGCUUCAACAAAACACACGACUUUCUGUUAAAUAUUAUAAUAUUAACUUGUAGUGAGUGAGUGGAUUUUAUACCCUCUGAGAAUGGAGAAGAAAAGGUGGGAUUGCACUGCUCUCCCCAAGGGCUGGAAAAUGGAAGAAGUGACCAGAAAGUCGGGUUUGUCCGCCGGGAAAAGCGAUGUCUAUUAUUUUAGUCCAUCUGGGAAGAAGUUUCGGAGCAAGCCUCAGCUGGCCCGUUACCUUGGCAACCAGAUGGACCUCAGCUCCUUCGACUUCCGCACGGGGAAAAUGCUGAUGAGCAAGUUGAACAAGAACCGGCAGAGGAUGCGCUACGACAACAACAACCAGAACAAGGGAAAACCAGACUUAAACACUUCGCUUCCAGUCAGACAGACAGCCUCCAUCUUUAAGCAGCCUGUUACCAAGGUUACCAACCAUCCCAGCAACAAAGUGAAGACGGAUCCCCAGAAAGCUGUGGAUCAACCUCGACAACUGUUUUGGGAGAAGAAACUCAGCGGCCUGAAUGCAUACGACAUUGCAGAAGAGCUUGUGAAAACCAUGGAGCUGCCUAAAGGCCUCCAAGGUGUUGGUCCAGGCUGCACGGAUAAGACUCUUCUGUCGGCCAUCGCCAGUGCACUCCAUACCAGCGCUGCCCCCAUCACCGGCCAGCUGUCUGCUGCCGUGGAGAAGAACCCGGGCGUGUGGCUCAAUACCACGCAGCCGCUCUGCAAGGCAUUCAUCGUCACUGACGAGGACAUCAGGAAGCAGGAGGAGCUGGUGUACAGCGUGAGAAAGCGCCUGGAGGAGGCACUGAUGGCUGACAUGUUGGCUCACAUGGAGGAGGCGGCGGCCGGCGAGGGCGACACCGUCAAGGAGGAGGGCAACAGCAGCGAGGACAUGGAGAGCGUAUAGCGGUACCUUGUCCUUCUGCUGCACUUGUAGAGGAGGAAGGAUGCCAUUGUGAAAAUGUUUUUUUUUUUUUUUUUCUGUCAUCUUUUUUUUGCUGACAUUUGAUGACCCCUUUGUGAUCCUGAUCUCCACCAGUUGCAACCAUGACGACCAAAAGACUCCAAAUAAGGUGGAGAACAUUUGAAAUUUGCUCAAAACAGGAAGUUUGUGUUGUCCAUGGAAUAAAUAUGUAACAUUCAGUGUUGGAUAAGAUGAAUAUUUUUACAUAACUUUCUUGAGUUGGUUGAAGCACAAACAUGUUGGUGACGUUUUUUGGGUGCUUACUCAUUUUAAGGCAUAUUGGAAUGUUUUGCCACUAUCUUGAAUUUUUAUGAUGCCCUCCAUGUUUACGACUUAUGUCUGUGGCAAACAUUUGGAACUUAAACUUGUCAUACACUAAUCAGCGUUAGCGUUGUCACUGCUGCUGCCAAGCAAAGUGAUCUUUUAUCAGUUUUUUUUUUAAUACACGCAAGUCACUACAGACAUAAGCUGGUGCCACAGCAGAUCAGUCAUUACUUCCUGUUUUUUUAACUUCUCAUCACUAAUUGAUGAGAUCAUGAAUAUGUAUUUUUUUUAUUCCUGGUUUUGUUGAUGUUUAACGGUAAAUAAUUAUGUUUCAUGCUGAAAUUGUCCAAUAUCAGCAGGCUUAAUGCUGAGAGGAAUUUGAUUGUAUUACCUAAUAAAAGUCAUUAUGUCAUAAAAUA